GCGUCUCUCCGCCCCGUUCUCGCCGUCUGACUCUCUCCCUCGGGCCGGCGGCUGAAGGGUGACCAUUCCGGCGCCUCCCUCCCCAGGCCCCGGCCACAGCCCUUUUUUGUUCCGUUUCGUCUGCUUUCGCCGUCCGAUUUUCGCGCUCAACAAAGGACUCCGACAAGAUGCUCAGCCUCCGUACUCUGAACAACACCGCCCAGAGCUUCGUUCGCUACAACAGCUCUGCCGCCGCCGUCGCCGCCAAGAAGAACCUCGGUGCCAUCCGCACUGUCAUUGGUGCCGUCGUCGAUGUGCAGUUCGAGAACGAGCUCCCCCCCAUCCUGACCGCCCUGGAGGUCCAGGACUCCACCACCGGUCGCGUUGUCCUCGAGGUUGCCCAGCACCUUGGUGAGAACACCGUCCGCACCAUUGCCAUGGAGUCCACCGAGGGUCUCGUCCGUGGCCAGAAGGUCCUGGACACCGGUGCCCCCAUCACCAUUCCCGUCGGUCCCUCCACCCUCGGCCGCAUUAUGAACGUCAUCGGUGAGUCCGUCGAUGGCCGUGGUCCCAUCAUCUCCGACAAGUCUGCCCCCAUCCACGCCACCGCUCCCUCCUUCGCCGACCAGUCCACCGACCCCGAGAUUCUCGUCACCGGUAUCAAGGUCGUCGAUAUGCUUGCCCCCUACGCUCGUGGUGGUAAGAUUGGUCUCUUCGGUGGUGCCGGUGUCGGCAAGACCGUGCUCAUGACCGAGCUCAUCAACAACGUCGCCAAAGUCCAUGGUGGUUACUCCGUCUUCGGUGGUGUCGGCGAGCGCACUCGUGAGGGUAACGAUCUCUACAACGAGAUGAUCCUCUCCGGUGUCAUCCAGCUCGAGGGCUCCUCCAAGGCCGCCCUGGUCUACGGCCAGAUGAACGAGCCCCCCGGUGCCCGUGCCCGUGUUGCCCUCACUGCCCUGACCCUGGCCGAGUACUUCCGUGACCAGGAGGGCCAGGAUGUGCUGCUCUUCGUUGACAACAUUUUCCGCUUCACCCAGGCCGGUUCCGAGGUGUCCGCCCUUCUGGGUCGUAUUCCCUCUGCCGUCGGUUACCAGCCCACCCUGGCCACCGAUAUGGGUGCCAUGCAGGAGCGUAUUACCACCACCACCAAGGGUUCCAUUACCUCCGUCCAGGCCAUUUACGUCCCGGCUGAUGAUCUCACUGAUCCCGCCCCGGCCACCACUUUCGCCCAUCUGGACGCCACCACUGUGCUGUCCCGCCCGAUUGCCGAGCUGGGUAUCUACCCCGCCGUCGACCCGCUCGACUCCAAGUCCCGCAUGCUUGACCCGCGCAUUGUCGGCGAGGAGCACUACAGCAUUGCCACUCGCGUCCAGCGCAUCCUCCAGGACUACAAGUCCCUCCAGGAUAUCAUUGCCAUUCUCGGUAUGGAUGAGCUUUCCGAGGAGGACAAGCUCACCGUCGAGCGCGCCCGCAAGAUCCAGCGUUUCCUGUCUCAGCCCUUCCAGACCGCCGAGGUCUUCACCGGCUUCCCUGGUGCCCUGGUCACCCUCGACGAGACCCUCCGCUCCUUCAAGGAGGUCCUCGACGGCAAGCACGACGACCUGCCCGAGUCCGCUUUCUACAUGGUCGGCAACAUCGACGACGCCCGCAAGAAGGGUGCCGAGAUCCUCAAGCAGCUCGAGUCUCGCGGCAACUAAGCGCGCGCACUCUCGCCCCGUUCCCUUGUCGCGCCUUCCCCCUCCCUCCCCUCCUCCCCUCUCUCUCCCUCCCUGUCUGCCUCCUCUCGCCCUCUCCAUCCGGGGGCGGGCGGCGGGGCAGUGCAGUGCAGUGUGUGCCUGAGCGAGAGGACAGGGCAAGAGGCGGCCGGCGCUACAAUAACACCGGUGCAUGCCAGUUGCUCCUCCCCCUCCCCGCGCCCCCCCCCUUUCCCCUCCUCCCUGCGGGGGGAGGGACAGGCGGGGGCGGCGGGUAGGGGCCCGGACAGGGGGGCCUGGGCCGCGCCCCCGCGUGUGUGACGCGCUCCUCCCCCUCCCAGCAGGUAGUAGCACGCAUGGCCCUCGACCCUCGAAUGAGCAGAGUGGCGCAGCAGCGGGGGGAGAGGCGCGUGGCCGGCCGGCGGCCAGCCAUGUGUGUGGUGUCUCAGCCUCCUCGCGCGCCCCUGCGCGUGCUGUGGCUGGCCAUCCCCUUCCUCCCUCCUCCCCCUUGCUCUCCUCUCUCUCCCUCGUGUGUGUGUGUGGCCUGCCGUGAUGUGCCUCUACACAUUCGUGCACACACGCGCGCGCGCCCCCCCCACCCCCUCUCCCUGUAUAACUCUCCAUAGUUCUAUGCUCCACACAACGAAACCCCCCCUCCUCUCCCAAUACACGCCUAUAUGCGCAAUAUAUAGCCCCCCACACGUCGGUAUGCCGCGUCGUCCC